CUCUCUCUCUCUCCGUGCGCAGGUGUCCUCGUUCUUCAUACUCAUGGACCUGCUCUAUAAGCACGAGCUUUACCAGGAAGUGCUCGACACUUACCAGCUGCUACGCGGGCGUGAGCUGGAACGCGCACGCUACCCGCGCGACUGCAUCAUCCUCUGCCUCGCCGCCUGCUACCGCAUGGACACGCCCGCUGCGUACGAGUGGGCGACGGCGUUGGCGCGCGAGUGCGGCGAGACGGGCCGGCCGAUGCCGCGCCGCGCCAUCGCCUUCCUCGCGAUGCUCGCGCUGAAUCGCGGCGACCCCGCAGCCGCGCUCGAGGUGCUCUUCACGCUGCGCGAGGUCAACUACAUCACGACGCGCAACCUGAAGCUGAUAGCGCUCGCCGACCUGGACCGCGUCGACGAGGCGCUGCCCGUGCUGCGAUACGUCAUCGAGCGCGACGUGCCCGAGACGGCGACGCGCCGCGGCCAGGAGGUGUGCGCGACGACGCUCGCGCGCGUGCGCGCCGCCGUGGAGCGCGCGCAACGCGAGGAGCUCACCGCGCAGUUUUCGCACCUGGAGAGGGCGCUAGCGGAGGGCGACCACGUCGCGAAAGUGGACAUUGCCGAGAUCGUGACGACGCCGAUACUCGAGCGGAGGCCGCCGCCGCAGCAGCGUCAGGAUUAUCAGCCGAGUGGCGCGUACAACCAGCGCUACCGCUCGCAGGCGCGUGGGCAGGGUUACUAUGAUCGCCAGCAGCAUGACCGUCCGGGCCUGUCCGAUCGAUACGACACAUAAUGAUGCCGUAUGGGUGACAGAUACGACACGCAGUGAUGCCGUAUGGGUGACAGAUACGACACGCAGUGAUGCCGUAUGGGUGACAGAUACGACACGCAGUGAUGCCGUAUGGGUGACAGAUACGACACGCAGUGAUGCCGUACGGGUGACAGAUACGACACGUAGUGAUGCCGUACGGGUGACAGAUACGACACGCAGUGAUGCCGUACGGGUGACAGAUACAACACGUAGUGAUGUCGUACGGGCGACAGAUACAUCACGUAGUGAUGUCGUACGGGCGACACAUAUGACACACAGUGCUGCCGUAUGGGUGACAGAUACGACACGCAGUGAUGCCGUAUGGGUGACAGAUACGACACGCAGUGAUGCCGUAUGGGUGACAGAUACGACACGCAGUGCUGCCAUCUGCAACGAUGUUAAAUUAAUAACGUCAAAUAUGUGCAACGACAACAACAACAGUGUCUAGUGUAGUCAGUCGUUCACAAUGAAAAUAAUGGACCUAAUCAGUUUUCUCAAUGUAGCAAUGUUGUCUUGACGUUGUAUUUUAAAUUCUAAACUUUGUUGUCACUGUGUUAAUAAACAGAAAUAGGAUUUCUUAUUUAGAGAAAAUGGGAUCUUCCUUAUUGAACUGUUGUGUAUGGAGAAGGAGAGAAUGGUCCACGUGUUUUAUAUACAUGUAUAUUUCUGUUGGUAGUAUGAAGUAAUACUGGUCUUUCAUUAUUCAAUCAGUUCACAGACAAAAUCGUAAAAAUCUGUUUGUUGGAAGCCCUUAUAUUGCUCGUAUCAAUUCUAAAUAAAAUGCUAUACCGAAUAGCAAUGUUGGUAUACUACUAA